GAGGGAGGGUCAGUGUGUGUGUGCAUGCUAACAGUGUGCCUUAUGGACAGAGGGGGCUUGAGUGACUGUUGACUAGCCGGCUAGUAGGUGGAGGAACAGUAAGAACACAGACAGAACUCCGUGCUUGUGUGAUCCAGUGUUUGUUGUGGAAUCUAUACUCUCAGACUAGGAGGUUCUGGGUGACGGUGGGUUGAAGGAGCGGGAUGUCUAAGAUGACGUUGUGGUUGGGCCUCCUCCUGGCUCUCAGCGCAGGUCGUCUGGAUGCUUGGUUCUGGAACAAGGACCCUGAUCCUACUACCCAAGCCCCAACGAAGGCUCCGCCACUGGGCAAGGCAGGAGGACAGCCCAAGAGAGGUGAGGAGAACCUGGCAGGGGUUGGGGCAGAAAUCAUCAACGUGGCUGAUGGGAUCCGUAAGUUUGUGCAGACGUGGGACGCGACCCCAACCACUUGGACUGACAGAGGAGUGGCGAGCCCUACCACACAGACGGUUAAUAAGGAGGAGUCUGGGUCUGGGGAAGGAUCUGGGUCUGGGUCUAAGGAAGGAUCUGGGUCUGGGGAAGGAUCUGGGUCUGGGUCUAAGGAAGGAUCUGGGUCUGGGGAAGGAUCUGGGUCUGGGUCUAAGGAAGGAUCUGGGUCUGGGGAAGGAUCUGGGUCUGGGUCUAAGGAAGGAUCUGGGUCUGGGGAAGGAUCUGGGUCUGGGGAAGGAUCUGGGUCUGGGUCUAAGGAAGGAUCUGGGUCUGGGGAAGGAUCUGGGUCUGGGUCUAAGGAAGGAUAUGGGUCUGGGGAAGGAUCUGGGUCUGGGUCUAAGGAAGGAUCUGAGUCUGGGGAAGGAUCUGGGUCUGGGGAAGGAUAUGGGUCUGGGUCUAAGGAAGGAUCUGGGUCUGGGGAAGGAUAUGGGUCUGGGUCUAAGGAAGGAUCUGGGUCUAAGGAAGGAUCUGGGUCUGGGGAAGGAUAUGGGUCUGGGUCUAAGGAAGGAUCUGGGUCUGGGUCUAAGGAAGGAUCUGGGUCUGGGUCUAAGGAAGGAUCUGGGUCUGGGUCUGAGAUGGGUUCAGGAUCAGGGUCUGGUGUAGGGUCUGGGUUUGGAUCGAGGGCUGAUUCUGGUGUAGGUUCAGGGACCGGCUCGGGUUCGGGGUCAGGGCUUGGAGAAAGGGAAAGCUUGGUUCUCCCCACUAACCUAACAGGGGUGGUGGAGGAUGACCUCACAGGGGUUGAGGGGGUGAAACAGGGCGAACCAAAGACCAACCUCUCUGACAUCACUUCUCAUGACCACAAUGGAACCUGCCACCUCGUGUCCUCUGAUUGGCCGAUCUGCAUAUCAAGGGGGUCGAAGCAUUUCUCGCUGCCCAACUUCCUGAACCACACCUCUGUGGAGGAGGUUGGCGUGGCCCUGAGAGAGUGGGCGUGGCUGGCCAAGGCGGGGUGCCACCAUGGAGCCGAAUGGUUCCUCUGCCUCCUCCUGGUGCCCAGGUGCCCGCUGCCUGGCCAGGUGCUCGACAAGGUUCCCCUUCUGCCCUGCUGCAGCUUCUGCCAAGUCCUGCAAGACAGCUGCUGGCCAGACCUGGAUGACGGGCGCCUUCCUGUAGAGUGUAAUUUGCUGCCCGGCAGGGAUCAGGAGGCGGGGUUGCGGUGUACGCCAUGCGUGUCAGUUAGUCAUCGGAAAGGAGAGAGUGGUGUGACUCUACUGCAGCUGAUCGGAGACCUGCCUCCUGAUGAUUCCCAGGCCGGUCCAGGGGGGAAACCCGCCUACUACUUCGGAGGGCAGGACGGGCUGACAGCUGCGGGACAGCCGGCCCUGGCCCACCUCCCCAACCCCUUCUACAGAGACUUCUCCCUGGUCUUCCAAAUCCUCCCCUCCAGCCCCGGGGUCCUCUUCUCCAUCACAGACGCCUCCCAGAAGUUCAUGUACGUGGGGGUGAAGCUGAGCGCCCCGGACGCUGACGGCAGGAAUCAGAAGAUUCUGUUCUACUACACAGAGCCCGACUCUGAGGCCUCGUACCUGGCCGCUAGUUUCACCGUGCCCUCCCUGGACCUAGUCUCCUGGACCAAGUUCUCUCUGUCCGUGUUCAACGACCAGGUGACCUUCUUCAUGGGGUGCGACGCCUCUGGGAAGACGGUGAAGUUGGAGCGCUCGCCGGAUGACAUGGAGCUGGACAGCGGGGCGGGCAUCUUCGUGGGUCAGGCGGGAGGCGCGGACCCUGACAGGUUCGAGGGGGCGAUCGCUGAGCUGAACGUGGUGGGUAACCCUCGAGCAGCUGAGCUACUCUGUGAAGAUGAUGAUGACUCAGACGCUGCCUCAGGUGACUUUGGCAGUGGGGAUGGGGACAGAAGAGAAACCGGCAAAACUACCACCCCUCCAUCUCUCCGACCGGUGCCAGAGCCCCCUCUGACAUCAUCAGUGAGCGACAGGCUCUCAGAGACAGGUGACAGGAAUCAUCAGACCUCAGUAGAGUCCAGACCAGGGUCAGGAGGUCAACCAGGCCCUACUGGUUCUAACGGAGUGAAGGGGGACAGAGGGGAGAAGGGCAGUCCAGGGGACAGAGGUCCCGCCGGGCCAAAGGGGGAAUCGGGGUCUUUCUCCAGCUCUGCUUCUUCCUCUGGCUCUUCAUCAGGCGGAGGAGAACGUGGAGAAAAGGGAGACAAAGGCUUGAAGGGCAGUUCUGGGUUUGGUUACCCAGGCUCCAAGGGGGACCGUGGUGUACCUGGUCCCCCUGGCCCUCCUGGCCCUGGGGGGCCAGCUGCCCAGGUUGUGAGGCUAGGGGACGGCUCUGUGGUGCAGCCAGUGGCUGGUCCAAUGGGACCGAUGGGGCCCCCAGGGGCCAAAGGACCAGCAGGACCCCAGGGACCAGAGGGAGAGGCGGGGGAUCCAGGAGAGGAUGGCAAAUUAGGACCUGCCGGAGACAGAGGGUUCCCAGGAACACAAGGAGACUCAGGGGUCAAAGGACAAAAGGGGGAUCGUGGUGAUGGUUACCCAGGACCCAGGGGUUCUCCAGGGCCACCUGGACCCCCAGGCCCAGGGACAGUUGAUCGCGCUACAUUUGUGGAUGUGGAAGGCUCCGGAGGAUUCCCAGAUUUGGAGAAAAUACAGACUCUCCGUGGUCUACCAGGCCCCCCGGGCCCACCAGGUCCCCCUGGCCCCUCAGCCGGUGGUGUCAGCUCCCAUGGGUCAGGCUCUUUCGGGCCCCCUGGACCUCCCGGACAGGACGGGGCCCGUGGCCUACCAGGGCCCGCUGGUCCACCUGGCAGGCCUGGAACCCCAGGACCCAGUAGCGGAGAGAAGGGAGAAGCUGGUGAUCUAGGUCUUCCAGGGCCCAGUGGAGAGAGGGGUUCUCAGGGUGACCCUGGAGUGCCUGGUCAGACAGGGCAGGGGGGCUUGGCUGGGCUUCCUGGGCCCAUGGGACCGAUUGGGACUCCAGGACCACCCGGACCCCCCGGACAGUCCUACCCUGUGCGUUAUGGUGACGGGGAGGGUUCCGGAGUGACGGGGGUCAAUGGUGUUGCUGGAGUGAUAGGGAUUCCAGGACCACAGGGUCCGCCCGGAAUCGCAGGCCUUCCAGGAAGAUCUGGUUUGCCUGGGCUUUCGGGAGAGAAGGGGAGCGAGGGAGCAAGAGGACGGGAUGGAACACCAGGGAUGGACGGAUUCCCAGGACAAUUGGGAGACAAAGGGGAGAGGGGAGACAGAGGAGAAAGGGGUGAGCCAGGACGUGAAGGGGGGCCCCCUGGACCUCCGGGAGCCCCUGGCCCACCGGGACAGAUCUACCAGACCUCAGGCAGCUUUGAUGGAGUUCUUGGGAAUCAAGGACAGGGAGGACCAGGUCUUCCCGGCCGGGCAGGAUUCCCAGGGCCUAUGGGACCAAAGGGAGAUACAGGAGAGCCUGGACAGCCAGGAUACGCAGCUAAGGGGGAGAAAGGAGAACCUGGUAUUAUCAUGGGGCCUGAUGGAAGACCCCUGUACCUGGGAGGGCUGGGGUCUCAACCGGGAGAGAAGGGACUCCCGGGACCUGAGGGACCUCCUGGUCCCUAUGGUCCAGCUGGUCUAAAGGGAGAUAUAGGCAUGCCAGGUAGACCGGGCCGUCCUGGGUUGAAUGGUGUCAAAGGAGAGAGGGGGGAUUCAGCAGGAGGGACUGGAGGAUAUGGAGGUCCUCCAGGACCACCUGGCCCACCCGGACCCCCCGGGCCAGCAGUACCUCUGGACAGGUUCAAUAGGGAUGAUGUAUCACGGUUAUAUCCUGACUCCAAAGGAGACAAAGGUGAUCGUGGAGUACCAGGAAUACCCGGGGUACCAGGUCUCACGUCCAACUUUGACAUCUACACCUUCAAGAGGGAGAUGAAGGGAGAGAGAGGAGACUCGGGGAUGAAGGGGGAGAAGGGCGAGCCAGCCGGAGGAUAUUAUGGUGGCGGUUACGGUGGACAGGGUGGUCAACCUGGACCUCCAGGACUUCCGGGGCCAAAGGGAGAGUCCAUCAUCGGUCCUUCAGGGCCCCAGGGCCCUCCAGGUAACCCAGGAAGAGAGUACGAAGGCAGGCAAGGGAACCCAGGCCCACCGGGGCCCCCCGGACCUUCAGGAUCAUCCUCCUCACCUGGAGCCUACAGGCCAACACAGACCAUCAGCAUCCCUGGACCUCCGGGCCCUCCUGGCCCACCUGGAACUGAUGGACACUCCUCUGGGGUGAUGGUGCUGAGGUCAUAUGACACGAUGACAGCCACAGCCAGACGACAGGCAGAGGGGCGUUGGUGUAUCUGGUCGACCAAACAGACUUUUACAUCAGAGUACGAGAUGGCUUCCGGCAAAUCCAGCUUGCCACACAUAGCUUUACCCCCUGCCCAGGGUAAUGAGGUAGCAGCAGUCGACCCUCCUCCAGUGGUCUACUACCAGCCAGACCAUCCCUCUAACACGGCCACAGAGCAACCCCCCAGACAGCUAGACCCCCACCAGCCACAGCCUGAGGGACAACACCCUGUUCACCCCGACCCACGUUACCCGACUCACCCGGAUCCACGCUACCCAGCCCAGCCUGAUCCACGCUAUCCAGCCCAGCCUGAUCCACGCUACCCAGCCCAGCCAGAUCCACGCUAUCCAGCCCAGCCAGAUCCACGCUAUCCAGCCCAGCCAGAUCCACGCUAUCCAGCCCAGCCAGAUCCACGCUACCCAGCCCAGCCAGAUCCACGCUACCCAGCUCAGCCAGAUCCACGCUACCCAGCUCAGCCAGAUCCACGCUACCCCUCACAUUCAGACCCCAGAUACCCCUCACACACUGAUCCACGGUACCCCAGUUAUACAGACCGACAGCACAACCCUGACCCUGUCCAGCCCCAGCCAGCCCCUGUCCCACAGAACCCAGUUUACACAGACACCCGCUACCCUGUAACCCCACAACGCAGACCCAGACCCCCUGAGACCCCCAGCCACCAACACACGUCAGGCCCAAGCAUUCACCUGGUCGCCCUGAACGCCCCCCAGGGGGGUAACAUGCGGGGUAUCAGAGGGGCAGACUUCCUGUGUUUCAACCAGGCUCGGGCCAUUGGGCUGAAGGGAACCUUCCGGGCUUUCCUCUCCUCCAAGCUCCAGGACCUUUACAGCAUCGUCCGCAAGUCAGACAGAGACCGCAUGCCCAUCGUCAACCUAAAGGAUGAGGUCCUGUUUGACAGUUGGGAGGCCAUCUUCAGUGACUCAGAGGGCAGAGUGAAGGACAACGUACCCAUCUACUCCUUCGAUGGCAAAGACAUUUUCACAGACGGCACAUGGCCAGACAAGAUGAUAUGGCACGGUUCGACCAGCAGGGGGCACGGCCAGGUGGAUAACUACUGUGAGACUUGGCGUAUAGGGGAGCGUGUGCUGACAGGCAUGGCCUCCUCUCUACAGGGGGGCCAGCUCCUCCAACAGAGAACCAGCAGCUGUCACAGCUCCUACGCCGUGCUCUGCAUCGAGAACAGCUACAUCGGACAGUUCAAGAGAUAGGACUGACCGACCAAACGCACACACACACUACAGCCA